GUCGUCUCGGUGGUCGGGGAGGGGGAAGGGCCUCGCCACCGUCUCGGGACGCUGAGGAGCGGCACCGGGGUCCGCCCCGGGGCCUCACCUCUCACCCCUCACCCCUGACCUCUGACCCCAGGCCGCGCUCCAGCGGGGACGGGGGAGCGCGAUCCCGGGGAAAACCCGGCCCGGCCCCUGCUGGAAGCAGCGCUCUAGCGCUCUCGCGGGGGGGGGGGGAGCGCUAUCCCGGGGAACGCUCUGCCCGGCGCCCGCUGGAGGCAGCGCUAUAGCGGGGGGGGGAGAGCGUUAUCCCGGGGAACGCUCGGCUCCCGCUGGAAGCAGCGCUCUAGCGGGGGGAGCGCUAUCCCGGGGAAAGCCCGGCUCCUGCUGGAGAGAGCGCUAAGCGGGGGAGCGCUAUAGCGGGGGAGCGCUAUCCCGGGGAAAGCCCGGCUCCUGCUGGAGAGAGCGCUAAGCGGGGGAGCGCUAUCCCGGGGAAAGCCCGGCCCCUGCUGGAAGCAGCGCUAUAGCGGGGGGGGGGAGCGCUAUCCCGGGGAACGCUCUGUAUAGCGGGGGAGCGCUAUCCCGGGGAAAGCCCGGCUCCUGCUGGAGAGAGCGCUAAGCAGGGUGAGCGUUAUCCCGGGGAACGCCCGGCUCCUGCUGGAAGCAGCGCUAUAGCGGGGGGGGGGAGCGCUAUCCCGGGGAACGCUCUGUAUAGCGGGGCGAGCGCUAUCCCGAGGGAAUUCCCGGCCCGGCUCCCGCCGGAGGCAGCGCCGUCCCGGGACGGGCCUCGGUGACCUUCCCCGAGCGCAGAGCCCCGAGCGGAGCGUUGCGCAGAGCGGUGGGCGCAGCGCCAUGGCCGUCCCAGAGCCCCCCAACACCUCGGGGCCCGUCGGACCGGAGGAAGGAAGAAGACUCUUCCGCGGCCGGUGAUUCGCCCCCGGACUGGACCUCAACUCCUCGAUGCGGCGCGGAGGACGGAGCCCCCGGGGUCACCCGCUCCUCCCCGCCUCGGUCUCCUCGCCGGCGCAGCAGACGGCGGCGUCCGUCCUCCCCAGCGGCCGGAUCCCAGCGCUUCCCCCGGGCGGGCCGCUGUACUGAGCGCCCGGGAGGGGACGACGGACCGGUGCCCCGCCCGCCACGCGGUCGAGGAUGGUGACGACCGACCCGAGGGCGGCAGAGGUCUGGGCCCCGUCGGCGCCGAGUCUGCCGGCUCAGGGGGGCGUCCCCCAAGCCAAGGUGGACAGCGGCCCCCGACCGGACGCCCCUCCCGCCGUCCGGCCGCCCGCCCGGCGCCUCCGUCGAUUCCGCUCCCGGGAGGCGUCGAGCCCUCGCCGGGCCCCGGGCCGCCCGCGGGAGCGGAUCCUCCGACUCCCGGUCCCGGACCGGUCCCCCGCCGUCCUGCCCGCCGACGCCGGGGCCCGGGUGCGGAUCCGCCGCCCCCGGAGCGGCGACCGGGCCGCGGGGAUGGUGGAGGAGCUGGAGCGGGAGACGGCCGGGCCGGCCAAGCAAGGCCGAGUCCGGCGCGCCGGGCGAGGAAGCGUCGGCGGAGGACCCCGCGGGCCCGGGAGCGGCGCCACGGCCCUCGCCUCCCGCCUCCGCCCGCCGCCCCGAGGAGCCCCUCCGACGCCGAGACGCCAGACACGCACCGGCGGCAUCCACAGCGGCGAGAAGCCCUACGCCUGCCCCGACUGCGGCGGGCCUUCCGCCAGAGCUCCCACCUGGUCCGGCCACCAGCGCAUCCACACCGAGGAGAAGCCCACCAGUGCCCCGCUGCGCCAAGGCCUUCAACCGCGCACCACCCUCCUCCGGCACCAGCGCGUCCACACCGGCGAGCGGCCCUACCUCUGCCCCGACUGCGGCCGGGCCUUCAGCCAGAGCUCCAACCUGGCCCAGCACCGCCGCAUCCACGCCCGGCCCGCCCUCCCCUGGCCCGCCGCCCGCCACGGGCCCUAG